AUGGGCGCGCUGCCGCCUACGCGCAAGCGAUCCUCGCGCGCCUGCGACGGAUGUAAGCAACGCCGCAUGAAGUGCGAGGACAUCAUGCCGUCCCCGACGACAAACGAGCCGACGUGCAAGCUGUGCCGCGAGUCCGGCGUCGACUGCACAUUCGAGACCCCUGUGCGCAAGCGCGGACCUGCCCCAGGCUUCCGGCGACGUGCUGGCAGCCCUCGCAACAAGGCCAGCGACGAAGAGGGUGAGGGCAGCGGCGAGGGUGAGCGCGCACCCAACGGCAGCGGCGGGGAAGGAAGCGGUCCAAAGCCAGCCGAAAGACUCGUCGCACCGCCGGGAAGGAGGCGGCGUGCGCCUUUGCUCGGUCUGCCGCCGGCAUUGGUCGACGAGCUCCUCGCAGUCUACUUUACACACGUUCACAACGUAUGGCCACUCAUCUACAAACCCAUGUUCAACCCACACGCAACAAGCGCUCCGCUUCUCCUCGCCAUGCUGAGUAUUGCGGCGUGUGUGACCCUCCCGGCUGGAAAGGACGGUCUCGACAGCGACAAACUCUUUGAGAUGGCCGAAAGGGCACUUCAGCAUGAUCGCACCGAGAGCCGCAUCGAUAUCCUCCAGGCGCUGAUGGUGCUGUCGUUGCGCCAGACAGGGUGCGGAAACAAGCGGAGCGCUUUUUCGUACGCCGGACGCGCAAGCAUCAUGGCCCUCAAUCUCGGGCUGCACCUCACGCCAUCCGGCCCGACGGACGCCGGCGAUCUUGAGCUUCGCUCUCGCGUGUACUGGAAUGCGUAUGUUCUGGACAAGAUCCUCGCCGAGGAGACGGGCCGCCCCAUCCUGCUGCCAUACCGCCGCUCGUCGACACCUAUGCCAAGCACGGAUGAAGCGGACGAGUUUGAGCCGUGGCCACCACAAACAGCGAGCAGCGCGCCGCUGCCGCGCAGCGUGCGUCGAGUGCCACCACGCCGCGGCCAUGUCAUGAGCUUCUUCGUGUGGACCUGUCGCCUCGCCAUGCUCGUCGAGGAUAUUCUCGACCUGGAGGUGACAGGUCCACCCAUCAGCGACAAAUGGGAUGAAGGCUUCGCGGCCCGCCUGCAGGAACAGCACGACGUGAUGCAGCGCGCCGAAAGCAUUGGCAAGAGCCUCGAUGACUGGCGCCGCCUUCUGCCCAAGCACCUCGACAUCGACGUGACGGGGCAAACAACGCCGCUACCUCACUGUGUGGUUGGUAUGGCGUGGUACCAUUGCGUCAGGAUACUACUUUACUCGCGCUUCAUCAAGCAGCGCAACCCGCUAAAUCAAAACACCGAUGCUGCUGCUUUGGCCGAGCGCGCACACAGGAACUGCUCGGAAUCGGCAGAGGCAUGCGUCGACCUCCUUGCCCAUCUGGACAAGCACAAGCUGCUGGCGCAGGUCAGCGCCGACGUGAUUCACCUGCUCUCCAUCAUCACAUUGUUCGAAGCAUUUGAUGCCACCGACCCGGACGAGUCACUGGCGCACCGCGCGAAGGUCAACUUUGCUCAGUGCUGCAUCUGGCUGCGGGACUUCUCAGCGUCCUGGCCGGCGGCCUCGAUGCACAAGGUGUUCUUCGAGGGCCUGAUCCAAGGUGGCCUGCGCAUUUCGUCCGGCGACUUGGAGGCAGACUCGCCCGAGGCCGCCUUCUCCCCCGCAACGCCGAGCAUGCCAGAGGAGCUGCGAGUGAUGGGGCGCAACCUCGCGACCGGGCGUGCCCCCUCUUCCGUAACGGGCGCUACGCCGCGCACAAUGACGACACCUGGCUCAACAGGACCGGCGCCUACUGCGCCCCCCGAGGCCGCAUCGACGCCGGGCCCAAGCCUGUUCCAGCUCCCCCAGUUCUACUGGAACCACUUAACCACCGUGCCGAUGGAGGGCAUGGCGAACGAGCCAGAACACCGGGGCGAUUUCGACUUCGAGUUCGAUCUACAUAGCCAGAGCGCGCAGGGCCACACUCCCGAAAUGCCCCCGCCGAUGCAGUAUCACGAGGGGGUGCGAGGCAUGCAUCCGAGCGCGAGCGACAAUGUGCGCAAUAUGGACAUGCAGCGCUACCCACCCAACCACCCGCCACACACCAAUGGCUCCGAGCCGCCCUUGAUCCCGCCCUCGGCGGCGUGGGCGGGCGCGCCGGUCAUGGGGCCGCACUCGGGUCCGCAAGACCAAGCAGCCAUUUACGCUGCGCUCAUGAGCUACAUGGUCGAGGCAGCCAAGACGAGCUAG